CACUUAAAAUUACAUUUAUAGAAAAUUACAUUUACACAAACUUGUUUAAAAGCCAAAUCCCAGACCUAGGCUAUUGGCCAAAAUCCAUUUAAAGGGGAUAUUAAGUAAAUUAGUUGAGCUGAUUAAAAACACCUUCAUCAAAGUAGAGCAUUGCUGCCAACAAUAUUAAGAGUUGAACUAUUGAUUACAUUUUUUUUUUCACAGCAGAUAAUACAUUAGCAGGGAGGAAAAGUGAUUACUGCUCACCUCCACUUUACAGGUGUAACUACUGAUGGGGGUGACGCGGCAAGGUGGGAGGGCAUAAAGAGAGGGCACGGGGCCUAGGUCAGGAGGGACGCAGAGGAGGAAGGGAGAGGAAGGGUGGAGGCUGGUGGCCGGAGCGGGCAGAGGUCAGACGCCUCGAAGGCGGGCGCCGUGCGGGCAAAGCUGAGGCCACCUCCACCGUAGCCCGUCGGGCCCGACACCCGCCGCUGCAGCGAGCCGGGCGGACGCUGGAAGCGCGCACAGGGUCGCUCCCGCUCCCGGCCGCCAGAGGGCGCGGCCGGCGAUGGCGCGGCGGAGCUGAAGGAGGGAGGAGGGGAGCCGGCGGAGAAGGGUCAGCCGCGGCGGCAGGGCGGCGGCGGCAGCGGCAGCGGCGCAGCUCCGCUCCCCGCGCGUCUCCAGUCCCCGCGCCCAGGUAGGGCGCGCAGCCUCCGCCGCCGGGAUGCGGCCGCCCGCCUGCUGGUGGCUGCUCGCGCCGCCGGCGCUGCUCGCGCUCCUCACUUGCUCCCUGGCUUUUGGUUUGGCUUCUGAAGAUACAAAGAAAGAGGUCAAGCAGUCUCAGGAUUUGGAGAAAAGUGGUAUAUCAAGGAAAAAUGACCUAGACUUAAAAGAAAUUGUGUUCGUCAUCCAGAGUCAAAGUAAUUCUUUUCAUGCAAAGAGAGCAGAACAGUUAAAAAAAAGCAUCUUAAAGCAGGCUGCAGACCUUACACAGGAGCUCCCCAGUGUCCUCCUCCUUCAUCAGCUGGCUAAACAAGAAGGUGCAUGGACCAUACUUCCAUUGUUACCGCACUUUUCUGUAACAUACAGCAGAAAUUCGUCUUGGAUUUUCUUCUGUGAAGAAGAGACAAGAAUACAGAUUCCAAAACUCUUGGAAACCCUCAGCAGAUAUGACCCCGCUAAGGAAUGGUUUUUGGGAAAAGCAUUACAUGAUGAAGAAUCUACAAUAAUUCACCAUUAUGCCUUUUCUGAGAAUCCUACAGUUUUUAAGUAUCCAGACUUUGCUGCAGGCUGGGCCUUAAGUAUUCCACUUGUAAACAAGCUUACCAAGAGACUAAAGAGUGAAUCCCUGAAAUCCGACUUUACAAUAGAUUUAAAACAUGAGAUUGCCCUCUACAUCUGGGACAAAGGCGGAGGACCUCCCCUGACCCCAGUGCCUGAGUUUUGUACAGAUGACGUGGACUUCUACUGUGCUACCACGUUCCAUUCUUCUCUACCACUUUGUGGAAAGCCAGUGAAGAAGGAGGAUAUUUUUGUUGCAGUAAAAACAUGCAAGAAAUUUCAUGGUGACAGAAUACCUAUUGUUAAGCAGACUUGGGAGAGCCAAACAAGUCUCAUUGAAUACUAUAGUGACUAUACUGAAAAUUCCAUUCCUACUGUGGAUUUGGGAAUUCCUAAUACAGAUAGAGGUCAUUGUGGAAAGACAUUUGCCAUAUUGGAAAGAUUUCUGAAUCGUAGCCAGGACAAAACAGCAUGGUUAGUCAUUGUGGAUGAUGAUACAUUAAUAAGUAUCUCCAGGCUCCAGCACUUGCUUAGCUGUUAUGACUCUGGCGAGCCUGUGUUUCUGGGAGAGCGAUACGGCUACGGCCUGGGCACUGGCGGCUACAGCUACAUCACGGGAGGAGGAGGAAUGGUCUUCAGCAGAGAAGCCAUCAGGAGACUUCUCGCCAGUAAAUGUCGGUGCUACAGCAAUGAUGCUCCUGAUGAUAUGGUCCUGGGAAUGUGCUUCAGUGGCUUGGGAAUCCCUGUGACACACAGUCCUCUCUUCCAUCAGGCUCGGCCGGUGGAUUACCCUAAGGACUACCUUUCUCAUCAGGUUCCCAUAUCGUUCCACAAACACUGGAACAUCGAUCCAGUGAAGGUGUAUUUCACAUGGUUGGCACCCACUGAGGAAGCCAAAGCCCGGCAGGACACACAGAAAGGUUUUCGAGAGGAGUUAUAAAGCAGGGUGACCUGUGAGCAUAGCCUGUGCAAGGAAUGAACUGGAGACUGUGGCCUCAUCCCACUGUGCUGUGCUCACAACGCGUGUGUCUGCCACAUGGCAUUGGACGCUUCCUGACUUUAGGGGGAGAUUUUAUGUAUGGUAUUUUUUGACAGAGGAAGAAAAGGGGUCAUAGGAGAAACAUUUUUUUUUUUUUUUCUGGGAAAAAUCACUUGCUUUUGACUUACGCAGUUGUUUUAACACUUAGUGAUGACUGUUUAUUCUACAAGCUGUGAUACAGCAGUUUUUAUUAUUGUCACAGGAAAAUAAAUAGUACCAGAAGUCCCUUUCCUGUUCUGUCUCUUCAUUAUAAUGGAAGUUUCAGUUGGGCAUGAGCCUGGAGAGAUGUGACUGUCUACAGUUCUAUUUGUAUAUAUAAAAAGAAGAGUGAAAGUCUUUUGACAUUCACUCUUGUUAGCAAUGGUAUGAACUUUUAAACCAUAUUAUUGAUGAUGCAGAUUAUUUCCUGGGAACUCAGUAGGAAUAAUAAUACUGUGUUAAGGAAUAAUACUGUACAUAAAACAUCAUGAAACUCUAGCUAUGAAAUCCCUUGAAGUCUGUAAUCAUGGUGGUUAUGUUUUCUCUCUUCUUUUGCUGUUUGUGCCUCGUAAAGAGAAUGAGGUCUUCUGCUAGAGCUUCGUAUUGCUUUAGAAGUUCAUCUGUGUUCUAUUGCUCCCUGAAGCCCUAUCUUUAUGGCCUACUUGUAACAUGAAAGUGUAGUAGAUGCUGCCAGAAAAUAGUGUCCUCAAUAUUUUAAAACAAUGUUGAUGUGUUUUGUUCAAGUCAGCAAGCUCUAUGUGAGUCUCAGGAAGUGAGUUAAAUUUGGACCUUAUGUUUUACUCUUUUUUUUAAUGUUACUUAAUGACUCUCUCCUGACUCAGAAGAGAAACCCCUUGUGGAAGGACAACAUGGUGAUCAGGCAAUUUCUCUGGGUCCCCAAAGAAUGACAUUUGAACACAGUAUUUUGAAACAGCUCUAGUUUUCAAAUUAUAUCUUUAAUAUAUAGUAACUUAACAUAUUCAGUAUUAAUGUAUGAAGAGCACUCUGUUUAAUUAUAUAAUUCAGUUUUUGUAAAGGUAUUUGUGUUUUUUUUGAUUUAAUAUGUCUUAAACUGAUUUUGGUAUAGUAAAUUACUUAUUUUUUUUCUUUUUAAUAAAAACUGUUAUUCAUUAACUUUGCUUAUAAUGCUUUUUAUAGCCAAGCACAGAAUUUAAAGCCAUACCACCAAAAGUACCUGUGUGUCUGUUCAUGUUUUUCUUGUAGUAUAGAUUUGACUCAUUCCCAAAAUGACGCAAUAGUAUUAGUAUUUACCAUUUUUCCAAAUUAGCAACUACCAGAACUCGUGUGUGUUGCAGUGAUAACACAAUGCAUUGGAUUCAGUUUUGUGAAAAUGGAUUUUGUGGCCAUCCAAGGGAUGUAUCAGGGAUGAUCAGCUGAGGAGAGGCUCCAGAAGGAUUUCUAGAUCGUGUCAAGCCUCUACUGAUGGCCUUAGCUUUGUUGUCAUUGUAACUGAGAUUGUUGUCAUUGCCACCAUGGUAGUCACCUUCACGUCAUCUAUAAUAAUACUCCUGGAGAGCUCUGGCUGCCUACACCAGUGGAGAAGAGUCUCCAGUUCUGCUCCGGCCUACUAACUGUUACCACUGAGAGGACAACAUGUUCAUUUGACAGGACUGAAGCUGGCAUCUGUACAUGAAGAUCCGUGUCAAGCUUUCUUCUUUGGUCUGAUCAGUGCCUUCUACUGAUACCGGGGCACCUCCUCUGGUACUUUUAAGUGUUUUGUUAAUUAUGUUUACUUUUUGGAACCGUGUAAGCCUAACCACGAAUAAAAGAUCUUUGCUUAAGUC